UCCUGCAGAUAACAGGACUCCCAGAGUCCUGCUGGAGAAGUGGUUCCCAGCAAGCCAGCCUGCAAAGCGGGUUGGGUUUGAAAGAUUCUGAAACCAAUUAAAUUAGAGUAUACUUGAUCUUGCAUUUUAAUAGAUUGUUUUCCUUUCCAGUUCUUGGGUUUGCGCAAGUUUUUAGGACAGAUGGACUUAAAACCUGCUUGACCGUGGACCCCUCGCCGGAACACCUGCAGUGCUUAUUGCAGGAGUGACCAGGACACUACCUUCUAGAAGUAAUGCCCACAGAAAGCGGAAGUUGUUCGACUGCUCGCCAAGCAAAACAAAAGCGCAAAUCUCAUAGUCUUUCUAUACGAAGAACUAACAGCUCAGAACAAGAGAGAACUGGACUACCGAGAGAGAUGUUAGAAGGACAAGAUUCCAAACUGCCUUCCUCAGUCCGAAGUACAUUGCUGGAACUGUUUGGUCAGAUAGAAAGAGAAUUUGAAAAUCUUUACAUCGAAAACUUAGAAUUGCGCAGAGAAAUUGAUACUCUUAAUGAACGCUUAGCUGGUGAAGGACAAGCUAUCGAUGGGGCAGAAUUGAGUAAGGGCCAGCUCAAAACAAAAGCCAGUCACAGUACCAGUCAGCUUUCUCAGAAGCUAAAGACCACCUACAAGGCUUCCACCAGCAAGAUUGUUUCCAGCUUUAAGACUACCACAUCAAGGGCCAUCUGCCAGCUUGUGAAGGAGUAUAUUGGUCACAGGGAUGGCAUCUGGGAUGUCAGUGUUGCAAGGACACAGCCUGUGGUUCUUGGGACAGCAUCUGCUGAUCACACGGCUUUGUUGUGGAGCAUAGAGACUGGCAAAUGUCUUGUCAAAUAUGCUGGCCAUGUGGGCUCAGUAAAUUCUAUAAAAUUUCAUCCUUCAGAGCAGUUGGCUCUUACUGCUUCUGGAGAUCAGACUGCUCAUAUUUGGAGAUACGUGGUACAGCUUCCAACACCUCAGCCUGUGGCCGACACUAGUCAACAAAUUUCUGGGGAAGAUGAAAUAGAGUGCUCUGAUAAAGAUGAGCCUGACAUUGAUGGAGACGUGUCCAGUGACUGCCCUACUGUCCGAGUCCCGCUGACAUCUCUCAAAAGCCAUCAGGGUGUGGUUAUUGCUGCUGACUGGCUGGUUGGUGGGAAGCAGGUGGUGACAGCCUCAUGGGACAGGACUGCCAACCUGUAUGAUGUGGAGACAUCUGAACUUGUUCAUUCUCUGACAGGGCAUGACCAGGAGUUAACACACUGUUGCACUCACCCCACCCAGCGGCUCGUGGUGACCUCUUCCCGUGACACAACUUUCCGUCUUUGGGAUUUCAGGGACCCUUCCAUCCACUCCGUGAAUGUUUUCCAAGGACACACGGACACUGUGACCUCUGCUGUGUUCACUGUGGGAGACAACGUUGUUUCAGGCAGUGAUGACCGUACAGUAAAAGUCUGGGAUUUAAAAAAUAUGCGAUCUCCAAUCGCAACAAUCCGUACAGACUCUGCCAUUAAUAGGAUCAAUGUAUGUGUUGGCCAAAAAAUCAUAGCUCUCCCCCAUGACAACCGGCAAGUGCGAUUGUUUGAUAUGUCAGGAGUGCGACUAGCCCGGCUUCCCCGGAGCAGCCGGCAGGGUCACAGACGAAUGGUGUGCUGCUCAGCAUGGAGUGAAGACCACCCUAUAUGCAAUCUGUUCACAUGUGGGUUUGAUAGGCAAGCUAUUGGUUGGAACAUCAAUAUUCCUGCAUUGUUACAAGAAAAAUAAGUCACUGGUGUUCCUUAGUUUGAAGUUUGCCAUGGACCUUUGAUUCAUGCAGGCUCUUCUGCAUAUUAAUCAGCCAUUAUAGUGAGAGUUUAGCCCUGGGAAGGGUGCCUUGUAUAUGUUCUUUUCACAUCGUGCCCAGCUUGCAUGAAAUGUACAGAGAGAUGUGUGAUUCUGUUUUUUUUUUUUUUGUCUUGUGUAUAUUGGCAUCCUCUGGUCAGUAGAAGUGAAACUCACUCCCAUGUAGCAUACAGAAUGCUUUGAGUUGUUGAUGUUGACAGAUGAGCAGUAGGGCAUUACAUUACAUUAUAUGAAUUAAAUGUGAACUAUGUACCUGUUGUGAGGCAUAAAUGGUCUGUUACAUUGUCUGGAGUAACUAUACAUAUCUACCUUGUCCUGGGAAGACUGCAGAGCUCAUUUGCGUUGGCUAUCGAGAGGCGGGAUUGAGAAAACUUCAUACUUGGUUUCUGUGAAGUUGUAGCAUGUACUGUUAUGUAAUUCCAUUUCAAUUCUUCUCUACCAGUUCUGUAAAAGUAACCUGGAUUUACAGCAUUUGUGCAAAGUUUCUUUUGAGAAGAAGAUGUUUCUGUUCUUUUAUAUAAAGGAUUUCAGUCUCCUGAUGUCUCAGCAAAUGUUCAAAUAUGAUUCUGAUCACUGAUUUUAGACAUUAAACAAAAUUCAAAGCACUUUAAUUUAAAGCUGUGGUUAUCAACAGGUUUGAGAAGUUUCAAAUGACAUACCCACUGAAUGUGACUUGAUCUUUAUACUAAGGCCCUGCUACCUGAAGACGAAUCUUAUUUAUUUUCUACACAUUUGAUUUUCGUUUUUCUAAAUGGGUUCACUUCCUUGUUGGUAUUUGAGAGCCAAGAAUGCAAAUAAAUGAGCACUACCUCAAAAUAAAUAUUGGGAAAACUU